GCAAGGACAAAUAAUGUACUGGGCCGUGAUAUUGAUGCUGAAGGGUCAUUUUAUCCGAAGUUCAACUGUGCCCAACUCCCAGCUCCGGUGCUUCAUGUUGCCCUCUCUUGUGAUGAACUGACCCUUUCAGUGGUAGUGGAUGCUCCCAGUGGAAGCAGAGCAUACCUCUUUGAUACCCGUGCAUUUCAAGAUCAGAAUCCUCAGCCUUUCAUGGAGAUUCGUCUUGUGUCUGAUGAUAUGACAAGAUUAGCUGACCUUCAGUGGAAUCCUGUAGAUCAUGAUAUGUUUGCCACUUGUCUUGAAGAUGGUUCUGUUUCACUCUAUCAGAUCAAAGACACCAAUUUCCAGCUGACCUCCCUCCCUCCUGCUCUCAGUGCUACUCUCAGGCCUGGGUGCAUGUGUUGGAGUCAGAGAGGAAAGCAACUUGCAGUUGGUUGUGGGAAUGGCUCCAUUGUGCAGUUGAAGCCAGAUUUGCAAGUAGCUCGUGACAUUCGAGUGCCUCCAAUCAAUAACGCAGCAUUCAAAUUUGUGGACCUGCUCUGGGUUUCAAAUUUCAUCUUCUGUGCUGCUGUUGUCAAUCUCUCUGAAGGAGAUAAGCGACUAUCGGUUGUGGUAAUCAUGGCUCCAAAAAGUGGCCCUGUGACUUGUACCAGUUAUGAAGACAUUUGCUAUAGUACUGGUGUAGAGCGUCCUCUGCAGUACUUUCUUCAUUACAUCCAUGAGUGGGGAAUUGUUGUGGGAGCAUCUGCCAAUGCUACUGAAGUUGGUGUCAUUGGUCUCAAUGCUGAAAAGAAUGUAUGGGAACAGUGGUUCUUGGAGGACUCUGGAAGGGCUGAACUACCUCUUUCUGGCAGUAUCGAAACCUUUCCUGUUGGUCUUGCUGUGGAUAGAACAUCUCAAAACCCCAUGAUUGUUGGAGAGAGCCAGAAACUUCCUCCCAUGCCAGUACUACUUCUGCUGUCAACUGAAGGCAUGUUGAUACCUUUCCACAUGGUGAAUAAGAUUCCUGACUCUCCUGUGCUUUCACAAGCAGUACAGCCCUUCCCAAUGGGCAUUCGCCUUUGCAGCAUCUCUUUACCAAGGCCAAGUCUUGGAGAACAGAUGCUGCUGCAAGCAAAACCAGAGAGCUCAUUCAGUCCUGCUGGUUCCGGCAAGCCCAGUCCAUCUAUGUUUCCUUCUACACCCAAAACAACUAUGUUCUCCUCGGGUCUCGCUGCAACAACUGCCUCAACUACAUCUGCACCAGGAGUUAUGUUUACUCCUGGAAGUAGUUCUCCAUUCACAGCAGCAUCAGGCUUCUCUAGUUUCUCCAUCCCAGGCUCUGCUAGUCAGUCUGCAUUCAUGAAGCUGAGCCCUGAACCACCAAAGUAUCAGCCUCAACAUACAGAGCCUGCAGCUGUGCCAGUGGCCUCAAUUCAACCUCCUUCCUCACAAAUGCAGCAGCCAACUGAACCAGCCAUGACUCGAGCUGCAAGUGAAACUUCAUCUCAGGGAGCAAAGGAAAAAGAGCAGAACAUAGAAAAUGCACUAACCUUGACUCAUCUGAAGCAGGAGAUCAUGAACUUUGAGACUGACCUGCAAAGCCUCCAUAAGAAAGUGUAUCAACUUCAUACAAAUGUUGGGAGCAAACAAGAGAUGUGUGAUUUGAGAGAGGGAACUGAUAGAUUGGAGUUGGCUGUUAGAGGGGUGCAUCAGAACUUUGAGAAGAAGACCAAAGAAAGGGAAGGCAUUACAUGCAACAUCCUAGAAAGCUUUGCCAUUAUGGAAGAAGCAAAAUCUCUUCAAACCCGUGUCCACGAUGAGAGUUUCAUGGUAUUGCUGAGGAAGAGGUCCCUGGACCCUCUCUUGAAUCGGCACAUGAAGAGCAUCCACCACUACUUGCAGUAUGUGUGUCUUCAGUCAGCUGAAGUAGAACGCUACCUGGACAUGGAAUCAGAGACAUCUGCUUAUAGAAAGAGCAAGAUGCAAGUAGAUGCUCCAUGCACAGAAACCAUCUACCGCAUUCUGAUCAACAACCGGAAGAUCAUUGCCAGCAAGAAGAGCCAACUGAGUUACCUGAGCAAGAGGAUGGACAGUGCCAAGGCUUCCCACCAACGUUCAUGGAAGCGAAGUGUAAUCAAAUCAGAAGCAGGAUCUUAUCUAGAAGAUUUGUCAGAGUUGUCUGAAGCCUUGUUGCAUACAGCAACUAAGACAAAGAAGGAAGCAGCAACUUCAAUGACUGAAUCAGACUUUUGGAUGUCUCCCAUGAAACAGUCUCAACUCAAAAAAAUCCUUCAUGAUCGGGCUUCCAGAGUGCUGAAACUCUCAUGUGACACAACCUCCCUGAAGCAGUCAAGAAUAGUUGAUUACUUGAAGCAGCAGGGAGUCAUAUCUGAAACAAAGCUGACAGAGGCAGGAGUGUUACAGUCCUCAUUAGUGGCACAACCAAUGAGGCAGCAACAAAUGAAUGAUGGGCUGAAAUCGAUGACACCUGCUGUGAUACCUCCAUUGCAUCCUAAACCUCGAGCAAGUAUUUCAAUUCCUGAUCCAGUGAAAUUCUCAGCAGCUCCCAAAACUUCAGCAGCAGGUGAUGGGAUUUUAUUCACACCUGCUGCAAAGCCAUCUUCCUUCACUCCUUCUCAGAAGAUGGCAGAGGGACUUACUGUUGGGAAGAAGUCUGCCUCUGACACCCCAGCCAGCUUGGGGAAGAUCAUUUCUACUGUUCCAUUAGCAGUUGCCACUCCUGUCUCAACACUUGCAUCCCCUGCUGGACCUAUUCCUUCAGCCCCAGUGGCAUCUGCUGAAACUAUCAAGAUUUCUUUCAUCCCAGCUCCUGGCACUUCCCAGUCAAAUUUAAGAUAUGUGCUUGACAGUGGAACAGCACAGAAUUAUGUGCUCAAAAUGGGAACAAACACAACCUCAGAAACUUCAGCCUCAGUAACAGCAGGUACAAGCUUGACUGACCAUAGUGUCAAGUUUCCCUCUCCUUCUCUGAGGAAUAAGAUACCGCCCCAGUAUGGUGAUGCUAUUUCCAUCACACCCAUUCCUAAGAAAGAAACAAAGGCUCCAUUAUUGGACACAGAUAAGACCAUGACAUCAUCUGGCAGUUCACCAGCAACAUUUACCCUUCCAGGGUUGUCUCCCUCACCACCUGUCUUUUCUUCAAAGAGUAUCAGCUCAGAGACUGUGAAUCUCCCUUCUGCACAGAUAGGAACUACUUUUGCAUCACCUAUCCCCAGUUCAGUACCAGUGCCAGCAUCAACAGCCGCAAGUCCCAUCAUAGGCAGAACUGAUAACACCACUGGUUCCAAGGUUUCAGGUAUUCAGCAGACAAGCAUCUUUGCUCCAGAGACAUCUCACCCUGCAUCGAGCAAAGCAGCUGAGGGAACGAGCAAAUUUGCUUUCAGCAUGAAAUCUAAUGCUUUUGGUGAAGAGGAACAAAUUCCAUCCUCCACAACAGGAACAGACACUUCCAGUAUAUCUGUUUCUUCAACACUUACCUCAGUAGCCUACACAUCUUCAGCAUCUAUGCCAUCAACUGAGACUUGUGGGGAGGCUGUGCCUAAAAUGACCUCAUUCUCCAAAAUCACUGGGACAAUCCAAGGUGGCAUUCCUGCAAGUGACAGGGGUCAAAGCAGUCCCAAAUCUGUGACCCCUUCUAUUGCAUUUGUUGCUCCAGAAACUGUACCAUCAUCUGUACCUGCAAAUAGUGCAUCUCUGUUUCGACUUGCAGCUACUAGCUUACCUACAUCAGCAGCACCAUCUUCCUCAUCAGGUAUUUUUGGUAGCACUACUUUAUCUAGCUUUGGGACAGCAUCAUCUGCCACCAGCUCUGGACUAUCUACCAUGAGUACAGGUCCUGCAAGUGAUAUGUCUGAAACACCAAAGAGAGCAUUUUCCUUCAAAGAUCCCCUUUCAACUAGCACUUCAGCAAGUUCCAGUUCAUUUCAGGGGCCCUUGACCUCCACUACUACUGCUGUGCCAUUGGACAGUUCAGCCCCUGUGUUUCGUUCUUCUGCUACAUCACCAAGUGCACCUAUCUUUGGAAGUCAGGCAGCACAGUCUGCAUUUAUAACAUCAGAAAGUCCCCUGUUUGGUAAAUCUGGAUCUCUGCCCAAAGCAACUGAUACUUCAUUGCUCAAUUCAGGUUUUGGAAACUCAAGUACAAGUUCCAACUUAGUUGGGGUUGGUACUUCUACUGCCAAUUCAGCAUCUGUCUUUGGAGGCACACCAGUUACAAGUUCUACAUCUGUCUUCAAGAGUACACCAGUUACAAGUUCUGUGCCUGUCUUUGGAAGCGCACCAGCUACUAGCUCAGCACCUGUCUUCGGCAGUACACCAGUUACAAGUUCUGUACCUGUCUUUGGGAGUACGCCAGUUACAAGUUCUGCACCCGUCUUUGGAAGUACGCCAGUUACAAGUUCUGCACCCGUCUUUGGAAGUACACCAGUUACAAGUUCUGCCCCUGUCUUCGGGAGCACACCAGUUACAAGUUCUGCACCUGUCUUUGGAAGUACACCAGUUACAAGUUCUGCACCUGUCUUUGGAAGUACACCAGUUACAAGUUCUGCACCUGUCUUUGGAAGUGUAUCUGGAACAACUUCUGGGUCUGUCUUUGGAAGCAAGCAAGCAUUCGGAAGCACCACUCCUACAACAUCUGCACCUCUCUUUGGAGGAACUACUGCAGUUCCUGGGUCUGCCUUUGGAGGAACUGCCACAGCCAUACCAGGUGCUGGAUUCUCUACAAUUUUUACACCCAGUACUUCUGGAGGAGCCUUUGGUACACCAACUACUUCUGCAACAUCUGUAGGAGGGACAUUUGGGUCUGGCUUUGCUGUUGGAGCCUUUGGAGGACUUGGUGGUAAACCAAGUGAAGACAAGGCCAAGCAAAAUGUUUUUGGAGGUGGCUCAUUUGGAACCAGUAGUACAACUCCAGGGAUUUUUGGAAGUGGGAAUUCUUCAGGCUUUCAACUAAGCACUCCUCCGAGCUCUUCUGGAGCCCCAGGAUUUGGUAGUGGCAACUCUGCUAGUUCAAGUCAGUCCCCAUUUGGGACUGCUGCUGCCAGCCAAAAUAUCUUUGGCCAGAGCAAAGCUGUAUUUGGCAGCCCUCCAGCCUUUGGAACACAGUCAGGAUUUGGAGCAUUUGGUGCUUCAAGUAAACCUGUCUUUGGAGGAUCUCCUACUUUUGGCAGUUCACCUACUUUUGGUGGAACCCCUACCUUUGGUGGUGCCCCCACAUUUGGAGCGAAGUCAAGUAAGUCAGGGGUUGUAUGA